ACAGGUACCACCUCGAUCCUUGGCCCUGUUCCAAUCGCAACGGACACAUUUCACACGGGCACUGCGAGCGGCAAACACAUUCAACACACACCAGCAGCACUCAAAGACACCCUGUACACACACACGCUCGUGUGUGUGCAAGACACCCUGUACGUAUACACACUCACAAACCCGCGGGUAUGCCCGCGACAGUAGGCGCUCGGUUCAGGCUGAGUUGCCGCCUAUCAUGAAAAUGCCCAUAGACGAUGGGAAAGCUGAUACGUAUGUAGUGGGGAGUAGGGGAGAUGCAAUUGUUGUGACCGCUCAACACCGUGACGAUAUACAGGCGGCGUUGGCGUUCAAUGCUCAGGCCCGGCAGGUGUUGUCGCAGUACAAAAACGAUCCAUCCCUGAAAGAGUCACGAGAAAUGACUGGCACAAAGGAGUGGAAGAAUACCAUCCGCCGGGUGAUCGACGGUCAGGGUGUGCGAGCAUUUGCCGGAGACAAACGCCUCGCCGAAGUUCGGAAAGCCUGCAUCAUAGAGAUGGCCCAGACGGAUAUCGGAGAGGCCUUCAGCCAGCGAUUCGACAAGACUGUCACCGAUUUUCUUGCCAAGAACGCACAGGCCCAGUUUCUUCAUUCGUCGAAAACUACCACGGCAGUCGAGUUUGUGAAGAAGUACAUCGCUGCACGUGACGCUGGAAAUGAGGAGAAGAAGAAGCCUGGCAAGGGUUCAAAGUCAAAAGCGGCACAGAAGGAGAACGACAGGCGAGAGUGGCUGCAGGUAUUCCACGAGAUACGGGGCUUGUAUGACGAUUUCGACAGGAUGGAUGCCUUGGACUGCUCGCCUUUGUUUAAAACAUGGACGCCACAUGAUAAGGUGCUGCUGCUGAAUGACUACGAACUUUUCCAGGCCAAAGACGAGGAGUCGCUGAAAGAUCAGAUGAAACUGGCCAGUCGACUGGAAGUGUACUACAAUCUCGAUAACAAUGUGCCUUCCGGCUCAUGGUUCACGGCUAAAGCUGCACACCAAGAACAAGUAGAAUUUGUGCGUCAGUUGCUAGAGGAUCCGCACAAGCUACAGAGGUGGUUCAUUGCAGCUCCCGAUGCGGAUGUAGUGCUGGCCAUGCGUGUGUUCUUUGCCAACAGAAGAGCAGUUCUCGAUCAAUUAGAUAUCGCAUUCUAGUUGACAAUUUUAAUAAACAGGAGUGCAAUUUUGGUGUCAGUCACUGAAAAAAAAAACA